UGAAGUUUCUCUCUUUAUUCUUUCAUCCCGCCGUCGACGAAGGUUUCCUUUUUCAAUUUCUCAUUCUCAGCCGGACGUCCAUAUUCUCGCCGGCGUCCAUGGCUUCCAGGAGAUUGAGAACAUUCAAGCGAUGGAUGACUUCAAAUGGAAUUGAAUGCAGCGACGCUUUAGCUCUUAUUGACGGUGGUGAUGAACAUGGUAUCCUUGUUAGAGCGAAUUGCGAUCUUUCUAUAGGCGAUGUUGUGUCGAAGAUUCCGAAACAAUCGUGCCUUACUAUCAAAACAUCAUCAGGUCGAGAAAUGAUAGAAGAGGCCGAUCUUGACGGUUUCCUUGGACUUUCGGUUGCUAUUAUGUAUGAAAAGAGCUUGGGAUCUCUCUCUCCUUGGUUCGGUUAUCUUCAGGUUAUACCUGAAAGUGAAUCCAUUCCAUUGUUAUGGACUUUGGAUGAAAUCGACUCUCUUCUUGUUGGAACUGAACUCCAUAAGAUAAUCAAAGAUGAUAAGGUUUUAGUACGUGAAGAUUGGCAAGAAUGUAUCUGUCCUCUUCUCUCCUUAGAACAUUUGAAUCUGAAUCCAGUAUUCUUUGGACUUGAACAGUACCUUGCAGCAAAAAGUCUCAUAGCUUCUAGAUCUUUUCAGAUAGAUGACUACCAUGGAUAUGGAAUGGUUCCAUUAUCAGAUCUUUUCAAUCACAAGACUGGAGCUGAGGAUGUGCAUUUCACCUCUGGACUUGAAUCUGAUAGUGAAUCUGAGAACAGUAAUAUUGAUAUGCAAGAUGAUUCAAGCGUUGUUGAUGAAGAUGUAUCUUCUGAUGAUAAUCGAUCUGAGUCCCCUCUUGUUCAAGAUGAUAACACAGCUCUUGAAAUGAUUAUGGUGAAAGAUGUUAAAGCUGGAACCGAGGUUUUCAAUACAUAUGGAUUAUUGGGUAAUGCAGCACUCUUGCAUCGCUACGGAUUUACAGAAUCAGACAAUCCUUUCGAUAUAGUCAACGUGGAUCUUGAUCUUGUACUCCAGUGGAGUUGCUCGUUAUAUUCCAAACGCCAUAGUAGAGCAAGAUUAUCACUUUGGCGGAAACUAGGUCAUUCUAGUUGUUCAAGUCAGAACUCAGAAUAUUUCGAGAUCUCAUCUGAUGGGAUACCACAAAUAGAACUUCUGAUUCUACUCUAUGUAAUGUUGUUAUCAGACAAAGCAUAUGAGGAUCUGGAUCACAUGUUGUCAACUGGGGUGACUUCAAAUGAAUCGUUGAGCUUUCUUUUGAAGGAACAAACCGAUAAUAUGGAGGACGUUUUGUUGAGUGUAAGUGUGCGUAAUGGCCUUCUGUUGCUUGCGGAUAUGCGAGAGAGUGCUUAUGGGUCUAACUCGAUUGAAGAUGAUGUUAUGGCAAUGAGAACUUGUUGUUCGGUUAAAGAGAGGAAGGUGUAUCAUUCUAUGAUGUUACGCAUUUGUGAGAGGAAAAUACUGCAGAAAUUGAGAAGCUAUGCUAAUAGGAAUGAUCGAUCGAGAAAACGAGGACGAAAUUGAGGUAUCUCUAUGUCGGGGCAAUCUUUAUUUUAUUUUAUUUCAAUUUGGUGUUGUUUAUGCUAAUAUUAUUCUUUUUGCUGAAUUUUAAAGAUGAUGAGAAAGGAUGUUGAUUUUCUUUGGAAGCUUAUUGAUUCAGAUUUGUUUGUGUUCAGUUAA